AUGCUUCCAUCAUCGCCGAAUUUUCUUUCCUCGUUUGAUCCCGCCCUUCAACUUCACUCGGAAGGCCCUGUUACGUUCAAUCCACCAUCUGAGUCGUUCUCCGACGACAUCGAGGCAAUCCACCAGCACCGUGUGGAACAGACCCGCAAUAAAGUCGUGAUUCAACACCGUUCUUGGGAUUUAUCGGAUAUAUUUCGCAGUGACGACGAUAUCAGACCAGAUACUCCGACCAAAGCUUCCGCCGCAACUCCUCGAGCAAGUACGCAUGCGCCGAGUCGGAAUCUUCUAUUGCCAUCUCUUCCGUCCUCACCUCCAACGGCGAGAAUGCCGUUUAUAUCAUCCCCUGGUGCUGCAGCGGCUAGCGAUGCACAGAAAAGAAAAGCCGCGGAAGUUGCAAAUCCACAAGCGGGUGAGCCUAAGCGUCAAAGAAUUCUAGGAGGAUUUGUCGAUGACGACGAAGACGACGAUGAAGAUCUUACCGCUUUUCAAGACCAGGAAUUGAAGAGCCACUUUGAAUUGCCAGAGCAUAUCGAAACGGAGAGGUUCUCGAGCCCCAGGCUGUCAGAGCAGCCACAGAGUUUCGCUAGUGCACCACAACCGACAGAAUUCGCGUCCACGACUUUGAAUCCCCAAUUGGAAAUGACAUCUCGACCUGCCCCGAAAAAAUUCCAGAUCAAAACAUGCAACGGGAAGAUACAUACCAUUCCUCUGAAGACAGCUCAGGCUUCUGUUUCAUAUGAGCAAAUGAUCGCUAGCCGAUCUGAAACAGAGCCUGGAAAAGCGAAGAAGAGCUACUAUGGAAUUGAAAUCCACAAGUUAUUGGACGACGCAGCAAAAGAUAUGAGAACUUCAAAGCUUCCUCUACCGCCUCCAGUCAAGGCUUCCAUUGAAAAGAACGAAGGAGACGCGAAAAAGAAUAAGCUUGACUCCAUGAUGUGGACUGAGAAGUAUCGCGCUCGCAAAUUCACAGAUCUUAUUGGUGAUGAACGUACUCAUCGCUCGGUGCUGCAUUGGCUAAAAGCUUGGGAACCGAUCGUGUUCCCUGGCCUGGCUCGCUCCCGCAAGAAGAAAGUGGACCAAGAAGACAACGAGGAACGCAUGCACAGGAAAGUUCUCUUAUUGAGUGGACCGCCUGGGUUGGGAAAGACUACCCUAGCACAUGUGUGUGCCAAGCAGGCCGGCUACGAAGUACUUGAAAUCAAUGCAAGUGAUGAACGCAGUAGGGACGUGGUCAAGGGGCGAAUUCGAGACGCACUGGGAACGGAGAAUGUCAAGGGCUCAAAUGUCGAGAUCGGCGAGAACAAGGUACGCCGGGCCGCCAAACCUGUCUGCGUUGUGGUGGAUGAGGUCGACGGUGUCGUCGGUGGAGCUGGCAGUGGCGGCGAGGGUGGAUUCAUGAAAGCCCUUAUCGACCUGGUGGUACUUGAUCAGCGCAACUCGAAUCGAUCUACCGAAAAUGGUGGUCAAUACGGCAAGAAACGCAAGGGAGACACCUUCCGCUUUCUCCGACCGUUGAUUCUUGUUUGCAACGAUUUGUACCACCCCAGUCUUCGGCCCUUGAGGGCCUCAUCCAUUGCUGAAAUGAUUCAUGUUCGUCAAGCGCCAUUGGAGAAUGUCGUGCAGCGAGUCAAGAGCAUUUUUGUCCGAGAGGGUAUCCCCUGUGACAGUGAUGCAGCCCGAAGGCUUUGCGAGGCUGCAUGGGGAUUAUCAGCCCGAAGACAGCGCAACUCUAAGAAUUCAGGGUCUGCCGAGGGCGAUAUUCGGAGUGUGCUUGUUGCCGCCGAGGGAGUAGCGCACAAGCUUCGAAACGAACGUAUGGACUCUUUGCGAUUGACUCGGAACUGGCUGGAGCAGCGGGUUUUGAGCGCGUCAACGGAAGGUGGUUCAUUCUCCAAAGAAAUGAGCCGCGGAGGUGUUCGUGAGAUCGUGAAUCGUGUCUUCACUGAGGCUGCAGGAUUCACAGAUGCUCCUGUCGGUAGAGACUCCUUCCAGGAUCAAUUCAACGGCCCUAAUAGCCGGAUCCCAGUCGGUGUGGCCGAUUUGCGAAAACGACAUGGCAUCAAUCGUCUACGGGAGAUGAUUGAUUCUAGCGGCGAACAUGACCGGUGUGUGAACGACUGUUUUGCCUCUUACCCCUUCCAACAAUACCAAGAUGAUACCUUCCUCUCCAAACCGAACGCCGCCUAUGAAUGGCUCCACUUCCACGACUCGAUCUCUUCCAAGGUACAUGCCUCUCAAGAGUGGGAAUUAUAUCCGUAUAUGAGUCAAUCGGUGCUUGGGUUUCACCAUCUUUUUGCAACCGCCAGUGGCAAGACUGAAGCUAAUGAUAAGGAUGAGGAUGACGACGACGCUGAAGAGGAGCAUCCAUUUUCAGGACCCAAAGCAGACUUUGCGGCUUUCGAGGCGCAGAAGCAGAACCGGGCUAUCUUGACUGGAUUUCAUUCUUCCUUUUCAGCGCCGCUUGUUCGCUUGUUCCGGUCCCCUGAUAAUGUGAUUAUUGAGCUGGUGCCAUACCUGAUCCGUAUGCUAUCUCCAGAUAUCAAGCCAGUCAUUAUACGUGGCACUGGUGAAUCGAGGAGCACUGCUACUGUCCGCAAAGAAUCAGAGCGUGUCCUUGUCCAGUCUACGGUUCGAGUGAUGGGCGGUAUGGGUGUGACAUUCGAGCAAGUCCGAGUGGAAAACGAAGGCGGAAGUCAUGGUGGAUGGGCUUACCGAAUGGAACCGCCCGUUGACUCGCUCGUGACAUUCUCAAAAAUUCAAGGUACCUCAAUGGCAACCUCCAACGGUAAUGCACCCGUUCGUUAUGCGGUGCGUCAAGCCUUAAAUCAGGAAUAUCUCAAAGAGACCAUGCGAAAGCAAUCCGACGUCCUAAGCGCAUCGGCAAAGAGUGCAAGGGCAGCACUUAAAUCCGCUGCCGAACAACAAGGUGACGUAGCCCAGCGAAUCAGAGAAGACCUCGUCAAGCGGGACUUCUUUGGACGGGUGGUCCAGGAAACCACCGAGUCAACGGAAUCGGGGGGUCCGAAUCACAUGGAUGAAGGCUCGAAAGCCGGCCGCAAAGUUUGGGUUACUUUCCAUGAAGGAUUUUCCAAUGCGGUGCGGAAGCCAAUAUCCAUGGGGGAGCUGUUGACUGGGCUGUGA